AUGUUUCCCAGCGCUCGAAGGCAGAAUAUGCCAUUUGUGGAAGAGAGUCCUGCGUUCCAAGGACGUCUCAAUCGGAGAUACAUCAAAUUCAAGAUAGCAGAUGGCUAUGCGCUCUCUGAGCAACUCCAGGGGCGAACUCUCUUUCGCAAAGAGCUCACGUUUCAUCCGCCCCGAGUAGGCAAUGAUUUGUGUCAAGAGGCACGUGACGAGGUCAGGAUGCUCAAUAUCAUCAACGGAAUGCAUCAUCCCAACAUUGCGAGGAUGUUAUUUGCCUUCGAAGAGCAGGAUCCUCUCAACCAGCGUAUUAGUAUUGUUUUCCGCUUCAACGAGUUCGACCUUGGCAGGGGUAUUUUGUACAGACCUGUACAGCAGUCAGCGCAGAUACUUAGCCGCUUCGACAACGCAAUGCAGCCGCCGGUGCCGUUGGAGGGCAUCCUGGACCAUGGACUGUGGAAGGCCAUGCUGGGCAUUGUUGACGCAGUAAAGAGUCUUCAUGAGUUUCAUCACCCGGACAUUCGGCCUGACCGGGGCGACGUUAUCCAUGCCCAACACUUUGACAUCAAACCCGCAAAUAUCCUGGUAGAGAUCCGGAAUCAGCGCCCCGCAAAACUGCUUCUCGCAGACUUUGGGCGGGCUCGCCUUGAUGAACACCCGGCGUCUCAGACGACUGGACAAGCUGACGCUCCAGCCACAUAUGAUUAUGCUCCGCCAGAAGCAGACCCCUCUGAAGAACCGAGCACUGGAGAAAUCAUUAUGCGACGAAACUACGACGUGUGGAGCUUGGGAUGUGUGCUUCUUGAAGUUCUUGUCCAUCUUCAGACGGCCGACGCAGUAGGAUUCCUCAAUGCUCGUGGGCGCGAGUCGAGGGAGAACCAUCAGGAUGCUGCAUUCUGGUAUCGAGACCAAAGGCACAUUCCUCAUCUAAGGUCUGCGACAGAAACGAAGUUAAAGGCUCUCGAAAGAGGUCCGCAGUCAAACGUCGAACGAGUUGCCUGGUGCAUCCGGAACAUGCUCAGCCCCGAUGAAGCAAAGCGUCGUGAAUGGCGGAUAAAGCACUGUCUGGAGGCACUUCAACCGGUCGAAAGGCACAGCUGGAAAACUAUGAUAUCGACGAGCAAGAGAGCUCUCCUGGACCCGGAGCUGGCAGACAUGACGACUCUUUGUUGGGGGCGCAACUUUCAACGGUCGUUGCCUUGCAACCUGUUCUAUUUCCGAGAUCGUACGCCAAGCGAUACCGAUGAAGCAAUACUUGUCGCCGAGAUAUACGACCAGCCUUGGAAUGGUAAAGGGUUGAUCAAGGAAGAAAAGAUUGCUCUUAUACCAUUUUUUGAAGACAGAACUUUGCUUUCGACACCCCAGUCCACAAUUGGAACGCUGAGCGUCGCCUUUCAUCAUCUUCACGGCGGCGAAAUGCUCUUUCACUUCCAAAGAGUUGCGGAGUACCUGAAGUUCUUCGCUGUUUUGUCCCAUCAGCAGGUGGCCUUGGGAUCGUCCAGCGCCGGUUUAGAGUAAGGCGUCGAUAGAAGAAAGUACAUCCAAGAGGUCGUGCUAAUCGGUGAUAGUAUCCGAUGUCAAGCCUGCGAGCUGCAUAUCAGGCGACCACCAUUGCCUUCCAGAAUUGAAAGUAUGGGGGCCAGCCGCGUCCAGCUUUGGAGCACAUACGACAAGCGAGGAUACCACCAGAGGUUCGAAUCGCAACAAAGCCAGUUGCAGCCAGCAUCGGCUUCGGAGAGCGGAAGCUCGUCGAGCCAGAGAGGAUCCAUUGCCGUGGCAGGGGAUGCAAGGUCAUUGCCUGCAGCUCAAAACAGUCGCUUCAAGCUGGCGCUGUUCACUAUGGCAAGCAAUAGCCCCUCUAGAGCAGCGAAUACUGGCAUGAGAGCCAUCAUCGUUGAGCGUACGUAACUUUGAGACCUGCAUAACCAUGGAGGCUGACUUGACCUGCAGUAGAUCGGGAAAACAUCCAGCUCGACAGUCGAGCUGGCGACUCUCGAAAAGUAUCUUUCUCACGAGCUGGAGAGCACGCAUCCUUUCCAGUGGCAGUGCUUGAGCCGAGUGUAAAAGUUGCAUCACCUUCUGGGCCAGAUGAGCAGUAUCCUGGUAUUCCCAUGUCGCCGGCGCAGCUGAAUGAGCUCAUCCGAGAAUCAAAAACGAGGCUCAAGCGACUGGAAAUAGAGUUCCCUGAGCGUUCUGUGGGUAUGUUGUGCACCGCAAUUUCGAAGCUGCCCUCUUGCUGAUGAACAUCAACAGAUCGGACAAAUCUGCUGGCGCUGCUCGAGCAUUACCGGGUGUUCUAG